AUGUCAGCGUUCGCCAUGACACAGGUGGUUGUUAUUGGAGCACACAGCAAGUAUGUUGGCAUUCCUCUUUUGGAGGCGCUUGUGGAGGAUGUUUUCUACUCGAAAAUCGGCCAGCCGGUGAUAGCAUUGUCUCGCGAUGCCUCGGAUAUUCCGGUGAAAAGUGAUCGCAUCAAGUAUGUUGAGUGGCAAGAUAAUUCCGACCUGGACAAAGUGUUUGCCAAUGCCGACCUAGUGAUUAAUACCACCGGACCACGUGCCGACUGGGACGGGAUCACCGAGGCGGUCAUUAGAUCUAAAGACCGCAUUCGUGCCUAUAUGCCGUCGGAGUUUGGGGCCGACCCAACUGACUUUGCUAUUCAGCCGGUACCUCUAGGGUUCCAGCGCAAAACCGAGCUUGCCAAAAGGGCCCGGGAUGCCGGUUUAAAGGUGAUUGAAGUUCAAACCGGUGCAAUUGAUGGCGACGUCGGGCGCAUUGGAGCAGGGUUCGCUAGCAUUGCGGGCCUUGAUCACCAAACAAACCAGGUUACCUUCACUGGCAACCCUGAUAACUUGUUCCAUGCAACCUGGAAUCAGGAUCUUGGCAAGUCGGUCGCAAGCAUUGCUGCUUUCUUCGGGCCCGACUUCUCCGAGGUCCCUGACCACGUCAACAUUUUCAGCUACGCAGUUACCCAACGCAAGGUUGUUGAACGCUAUAGCAAAACGUCUGGCGUCGCAUUGAUCUACAACGAUCCGGUACCUUAUGAAAAGGCUUUGCAGAUCGCUGUGGAGCAGUCCAUCGCUGGCGAACGCACUAUGCCGGCCUUUAUGCAGAUCCUUCAUGUUCUAACUGCGAGCAAACCAGGUAAGGGGAUGUUUUUCACAACAAACCACCGCGAGCUUGUAAAUCCCGGAGAAAAGUAUUUCAAGUGGAAGGCAUUUUAG